UCGCGAUAUCAACGAACAACUGUUUAUGUAAACUUUCUGUCAAGUGAAUACUGUACAAUGGUGUUUUGCUUUAAAAUACGCUGUUUAAAAUGUGGAAAAAAGAUUUAGCAACUAUAAACUGAAACGUUGGAGUUAUUUGUGAAGUGUAAUAAGUUUAAACUGUUCGGAUAUCCUUUGCCAGAGUGAUUCAAAUAAAAAAAACAAGUUGAUAACAGACAACAGUUUAACACAAUAAAUAGCACCAUCUGUUUUGGUCUCGAAAUUUAUGUUAAAUUGGUUUUUUCAUUGUUCACUUAUCAUUUUAGAACUUUACGACGUAAUUAAUGCAGUACAUAAAUUUUUAAUUAUUUUGAGGAUUAUCAAAUAACGACUUAAAAAUUUUCGUCCGACGAAAAUGUUUUACAAUUUAAAAUAAUGCUGGCUCAUCCAAAAAACAGAGUUCAAGCUAUAAAGAGUAAAUUUGAAAGCCUCCAGUCGGAGAACGAGUUGGUUUUGCCUAAAAGGGUCCCUCUGCAGGAUAAGCAGGUUGAAGUAACCGACGAAAAAAACUCUCGUAAUGAGGUUACACAGGAAAAACAUAUCGUCACUAAUGAACUCGAGCCCAAACCUAACACAAGUUAUUUAUAUAGUAAAAAUGAGGUAAAACGCAAUAUAAGUGACGGUAAAACCUCUCUAACACGUCAAACUAGCGACCCAGGGAAAAAGUUACAUAGAAGCCACGCUUUCAGAUGCGAUCGUAGUCAGAAAAUUGACCUUACUCCUAAACGACACGGAAGCUGUAAGGGCAGGUCAGAGACCAGUGAUUUUUCAUUAAAAAUGGAGAAAAAAUUAAGCAAAGAUCGACUUAAACAGCUUGGUAACUUUCUGGAAGACCAAAUGAGGAAGGAAAACUUCCACCCGUCUAAAAGUGACAACAGUGAAGACUGUAUCGUAGUUGGUAAAGUUCUAGAGAUUCCUGAUAUUGUUUUGAACUCAAUACCAGAUUCCGAAGUCCCUAAAGACAUAUUGGAUCAAUAUGCGAAGGUGGUGAAAAAUAAACAGCACGAAAGCAGGCAGGACUCUAUGACAGAUAGUGGUGUGAGCUCAGAAACUGAAAACGUAGAAGAAGAGAAGACCAGUAAGAUUAAAAAACUUGUUUCACAAUAUGAGAAACCAGAUCAAAAGUCAGAUGCAGAUAAGUCCAAACCUAAUUUAGAAACUAUGAAUAUGUUAUGUGCCUCCAGUGAAACUAUGAAGUUAGAACGUAAGAACCCACAUUUAAUUUUAACGGACACUUUGAAAAAGGCUUUAAAACAACCGUUGCCUGCUGGUCCACCACCAAAGAAGCCACCAAGGUCUUUUAACUCUCCAACUAUACAAGAAAGUCCAGAAAAAAGUAAAAAAGACGCAAAAAAAAUGCUUGAAAAGCUGGAACUUGCACUGCAUAAACGUGAAACCCAAAAUACAAGCAAGAAUAUUUAUGACAUAGCAGAGACUGAUCACACAACUAAUAAACCUAAAGAAAUGCACUAUUUAUGUACCGAACUAUUAGACUUAAAACAUAGAACUCUUACGCCUAUCAACGAAAAUGUAAAAGAUCCUUUUACAAAAUGUUUAAAUUCAUUAAACUGUGCCAUAAUAACUAAUAAUUCAACAUUAAGCUUGCCAUACACCCGUAUUAGUACACACAAUCCUAACAUAUGCCAUUGUAGCACAGAAAAUGUUGAUACAAACAAUUUGAACACUUUCUUGAAAGAGAAAUGUUUGAAGUGCCAAACUAAUGAGAGGGUGGACGGUUUUAAGUGUCAUUUAAGUUGUAAAUGUAGGGAGGAAAAGUCUGAGUUUUUUGUUAAGGAGCAUAUUUAUGAUGUGCCGUUUAAUCAGUGUGGUGAUGGUGACCGUCGGUAUGGAACUUUGAAUUUUUGGAAAAUGAAUGGAUCUCAUAGCAGGAGUAUGGAGGACUUGAGCUGUGCAAAAGAUGACCAGAAAAUCUACGACGAACCAUGCGAGAUAUCUCGGCCUCCGACGCCAGAAAUACCUAAAACGGAGUUCCAAAAACUGAGACAAAACUUCGAAAACGCCUCCCAAAAAGUCAAGAAACUAAAAGAGGAGAAACCGUUGACGCAGCCACUUAAACCGAUUUUGAGUAAGAAAGUGUGGAAAUCAACAGAAAAUGUUUCGGAUGAUUUCAGGAAGGCUAAGAGGGCGGUGGAGAAGAAGUUCGCAACUGAAACUAAGAGGUACAAGAAGAAUGAAGCUAAAAUGAUGUUCAGUUUGCCCAAGAGAGAUAGCCAGCUGGACGUUGAUCGGGAAAAUCUGAACCGUCUGAUGACGGAGAUAUACGAGACAGUGACAGCUGCGUGCAACAUGGACGAGAACAAACCCGGAAGCUUUCCCACUGACCUCACCGACACAGCCAGUGAAGAGUCGGUAAAGCUGACCCGCAGUUUGACAGAAAAGCGCAAGAACUACGUGCGCCGAGUGUCUUCGAGGGUGGCCUAUUUGGACAAAAAUGUCAGAUCACCGCGAUUCAGACACCAAACGUCCAUCUGCUCCUACAAGUCCGACGUCAUAGACAACCCGUACUCGACAUUCCGAUCCUGGAAAAGUUUUAGAACCUCCCAAAGCAAUUUAAGAGACAAAAUGGAGAGGCACGAUUCAACGGAUUCGAAGAUCAACCUGACAGAUUCGAGUGGGAACAUACUAUCUAUUCAAGACGUCAGCGAUGAUUCUCUGGACAAUCUGAGCAUAGACGAGAAAGCUGGGUGCGUGGGCCUCGAGUUGCCCUUCGAGCCAAGGGAAAAGGGCUUGUUCAACGUGUGUAUGCUCGUUGGACUGAAUUACAUGACGGGGGAGGCGUACGUGAAGAGCGUUUUUCCUAGUCAGGUUCAAGUGCCGCCGCAUAUCGAGAACCUAAUAUUCCCGGAGACGAUAAGCUCCGGGAACGUGGGCGAGUGGGCGACGGAGAAGACCGCGCAGUGCUACUCCCUCGUUCUCACCGACGAGAAGGGGGAACGGGCUUAUGGGUAUUGUCGGAGGGUGCUGCCAGAAGGUGCCACGACGUGUCUGCCACUAUGUUACUGCCUUAUUGGCAAAUACAGAGCGCCUGGCUUCUAUUAUAAGAUUCUGCAAGAAAUAGAAUCGCAUCACGGCAAUUCCGAGGUGGAAAUAAAUCAAAUACUACAUCAACUGUUCGAAACAGAUUUUCCAAAUCCGGGCGAACAAAUAUCAAUAAUGUACACGAACACCUUAUCGAGAAGUCCUAAUCGAUACUCGAUUAGUUUGGGCGAUAUACACAAGUGUAAAACUAUGCCCGACCCCAGGAGGAAUGAAAGUACGGUGAACGUUUCCGUCACGAAAGAGAGUUUGACGGAGAGUCCGGAAAGAUCGGAGAAAGUGGAUAGUGAGCUUUUUAUAGAAACGGAGAGUCACGCUUUACCGGAAUACUACGAUUUGGAGAAUAAUAAUCAUCCGAAAAGAGUCAUGUUGAGUUUAGAAGGACCGAGGACCCGCGUAAUCAAGCGCCCCCUGGACCCUCGCGCCGACGAGGACAACAUGUCGGUGCUGCUGGACUCGUUCGGCGCCGGACUGGUCAUCAAGGUGUUCGGCUCGCUGCUGUUGGAGCGGAAAGUCAUCGUCAUGGGCGACCAGCUCAACGUCAUCUCAUCGUGCAUGGAGGCCCUACAGAGCUGCCUGUACCCCUUCGUGUGGCAGCAGCCGCUGAUCUCCGCCAUCCCGUCGGAGAUCCAGCGCGACGUGCUCACGGCGCCGCUGCCCAUUUUGGCGGGCAUGCUGGCGCACCACCAUCCCUCGCAGUUCGAGGAGGGCAUGCUGAUAGACUUGGCCCACCCGUCCAAGGUGCUGUUCUAUCAAGGGGACGAGUCCACCAUCGUGCCCACAGCCAGCUACAAAACCCUGAAGACCUCCCUACAGAUGGAGUCGAAGACGAAGCCCGAAGACACCCGGACGCGCAACGUGAUGAUCUCGGAGGCGUUUUUACGAUUCUUCGUCGACAUCUUGGGUGAUUUCUGGCGGUUCUUCUCCGAGAGGGAAAUGAAGGACGGCGACUUGGGGAAGAACGGUGUCGUUUUUGAUAAAGAGGCAUUCAUCAAGAAUGCAUCAUCGAAACAAGUGCAGUAUUUCCUCGAGUGGUUCACGGAGACGGCCAUGUUCAACCAUUUCAUACAGAACAUGGCGCUCUGCUACCACGACCUACCGCUGCCGAGCGAUUACAUCAACACCGACUUAGUCGACACCCCCCUACCUAACUACUACGAACUGUUCCACGAAAGGGUCAAGAGCAGAUCCAAAUCCGAGAAGAGCAGCAAUAAAAUAGAUUACAAAAAUGCGGUCAAUAAAAAAGUUAGGUUGCUGAAAACUAAAUUGCGUGAUCUUGUUACUUAAUCAUAAAACGCUUUAAAAUUAGGUAUUGAAAUUAGAGCAAAAAGUGGAUUUCAAUUCGGAAAUUUAAUUUGGUUUCCCAGUUGAAGUUUAAACUAUUAUUAUUAAUUCGGUGUAUAAGAAGCACCCUACAGAGAGUGCAAGCGCCAGCGUGCGGCGGUGUGUACCACAUUACAUUGAGUGAAAAAAUAUUCGAAUAGGUACUCAAUUUUAUCAGCCUUUUCAAAACUGCUAUAAAUGUUUUAAUGUUCAAUUCAUUCAAUCUGAAUGUUUGUAAAAUGAAAAUCAGUAGCACUGAACAUACAACUUUAAAACAAAGUAAUUUAGAGCCAUUUUACUUUGGCGUUAGUUUUUCAUACUUAUGUUGUAAAUCUUAUACGAAUGUCGGUUGUCUCGAUCAUCAAAUUUAUAUCUCAUUUUAUACAAUGCUUUUCGAUAUUUUUUUUUUUAGUUUUAAAAUAUUUUGAAAAUGGAAUAGUUUU